UCCACUCUCAGCAGCAGCACCACCGUCGUCCUCGCCGGGUCCGGUGGCGGAGAGGAUGGUCCAGCGGGAAAGCGACCGAGGCUGCGCAUGACAGCGACAAGACGAUGGCUCUGGAUCUCCGAACGUGCUGCCGAGUGACCAAGUGAGCCGACCGGGUCAGGAUAACGCGGAACCAUGUUGCUCUAAGUUGUAACCUGUGGUGAACGGAGGAGGAGGAAGAGGAGGAGGGAGGUGUGGGCAGACAGGCAGGCAGACGGGCAUCUGCCACAGCUCCCUUUAGGUGGCCUUUUGCAAGCUUGAAGCCAUGGGCAACACGGCCACCAAGUUCCGCAAGGCCCUGGUGAGUGGCGACGAGGCCCUGGCCUGGCAGCUGUAUGAGGGCAACCCUCAGUUCAGGGAGGGCCUGGACCCAAAUGCAUCGUACGGAGAGCAGUACCAGCACAACACGGCCCUGCACUAUGUCUGCCGCCAUGCCAUGACACGUUUGCUCAGGUCGUUCUUGUUCAGCAAAGAGGGGAACCCCAACAAGCGUAAUGUGCACAAUGAGACGUGCCUCCAUGUGUUGUGCCAAGGGCCGCAGAUCCUACAGCUGGCAGAGGGAGCGCUGUCACCGCGACUGGCCCGGCCACAGAGGGACGAGCAGCGUCGUGCGGACUGCUUGCAGAUGAUCCUGAGCUGGACCGGGGCCAGGCUGGAGGGAGGCCAGUAUGAGAAAGCCAACGUUAAUGCUACCGACAACCACCACAGCACCUGUCUGCACUACGCUGCUGCUGCAGGCAUGAAGAGCUGUGUGGAGCUGUUAAUCCAGAGUGAGGCGGACCUCUUUGUGGAGGACGAAGACAAACUGACGCCAUGUGACCAUGCCGAGCGGCAUCACCACACUGAUCUGGCCCUCAGCCUGGAGUCACAGAUGGUUUUUUCCUCCUCUUCAGCUCAGCAGUCAAACACAGAUGCACAUGGUGAAACCAACCUGCUGCAAUACAAGGAGCCUUACGAGGGACUAAAGCUGCAGGACCUGCGCAGACUGAAGGACAUGCUGAUUGUGGAGACAGCCGACAUGCUGCAAGCCCCCCUUUUCACUGCUGAGGCGCUGCUCCGAGCACAUGACUGGGACAGAGAAAAGCUUCUGGAGGCCUGGAUGUCAGACGCCGAGGGCUGCUGUCAGCGUUCGGGCGUGGCCAUGCCCACCCCACCACCAAGCGGCUACAACGCCUGGGACACCCUACCCUCGCCCCGCACCCCGAGGACCCCGCGCUCACCCCUCACACUCACCCUCACCUCUCCCACUGACAGCUGCCUCACACCUGGAGAAGAGGGCCUGGCUACGUGUGGAAUCUGUCUCUGCUCUAUCUCAGUCUUUGAGGACCCAGUGGACAUGUCCUGUGGACAUGAGUUCUGCAGAGCCUGCUGGGAGGGGUUCCUCAAUGUAAAGAUUCAGGAGGGUGAUGCACACAAUAUUUUCUGCCCGGCAUAUGAGUGUUAUCAGUUGGUGCCCGUGCAUGUGAUAGAGAGUGUGGUUUCCAGGGAGAUGGACCAGCGAUACCUUCAGUUCGACAUCAAGGCAUUUGUAGAGAACAAUCCUGCCAUCCGCUGGUGUCCUGCAGCGCGUUGUGAGCGGGCAGUGAGGCUCACCCGGCCCGGCCCUGGGGACAGCGACCAACACAGCUUCCCCCUGCUGUCCUCCCCAGCCGUUGACUGUGGCAAGGGUCACCUCUUCUGCUGGGAGUGCCUUGGCGAGGCCCACGAGCCGUGUGACUGUCACAUGUGGAGGAACUGGCUCCAGAAAGUCAAAGAGAUGAAGCCUGAGGAGUUGGCAGGUGUGAGUGAUGCCUAUGAGGAUGCUGCAAACUGCCUGUGGCUGUUGACCAACUCCAAACCAUGUGCCAACUGCAAGUCACCAAUACAAAAGAAUGAAGGCUGCAAUCAUAUGCAGUGUGCCAAGUGCAAGUAUGAUUUCUGUUGGAUCUGUCUGGAGGAGUGGAAGAAGCACAGCUCAUCAACAGGAGGCUACUAUCGCUGCACUCGCUAUGAGGUCAUACAACAGCUAGAGGAGCAGUCCAAGGAGAUGACUGUAGAGGCAGAAAAGAAGCACAAAAGCUUUCAGGAGCUGGACCGUUUCAUGCACUAUUAUACUCGCUUCAAGAACCACGAACACAGUUAUAAGUUGGAGCAGAAGCUGCUGAAAACCGCUAAAGAGAAGAUGGAGCAGCUGAGCAGAGCCUUCAUUUGCCGUGAAGGCACUCCUCCGGACACGCGGUUCAUCGAGGAUGGUGUGUGUGAGCUGCUCAAGACGCGGCGCGUGCUUAAGUGCUCUUACCCGUACGGCUUCUUCCUGCAGCAAGGCAGCACCCAGAAAGAGAUAUUUGAGCUCAUGCAGACCGAUCUGGAGAUGGUGGUGGAGGAUCUGGCGCAGAAGGUGAACCGGCCGUACCUGAGGACGCCAUGCCACAAGAUAAUCAGUGCAGCCCGGCUGGUCCAACAGAAGAGGCAGGAGUUCCUGGCCUCGGUGGCCCGUGGCGUGGCUCCCAACGACUCUCCUGAGCUUCCCCGCAGGAACUACCCCGGAGGAUCGUGGGACUGGGAGUACCUUGGCUUUGCCUCACCUGAGAUGGGGAGUCGUCACUCUGUACUGGGAGCCGAUCAGAGAGAGAGACAGUCACAGGAUUAUGCUGACAUUCAGUACCGUCGCAGACACAGGCCACGGCGCAGGGGAGACAUGCUGAGUCUGCACAACCUUCGAAGCAACAGCAACACACCAGAGACCAGCAGAAGAAGUGACAACACAGGUCCAGAAGGCCCAGAGAGGAUCGAGGGUCGCAGGAGAGUGCUGGACUCACUGGAUGAGGAUGACCCGAACAUCCUUCUGGCCAUACAGCUGUCGCUGCAGGACUCCCGCAGAGAGCGUGGGCAGGAGGGAGGGCUGGAGGGGAGAGCGGAGCUGGAGCGUGAACUUGACAGGGUACAGGAGCGGAGGCCAGGUCCCACCGGCGACCUCGGUGAGGUUGCUCUGCACUGCCUCAACACCGACGGCCCUCCGGGAGCCAGAGGUUCCUCCUUCCCCGCUUCCCUCCUGGACCCUCCUCGCCCCCCAAACAGGACAGACUCCACCUCCCAGCCUCCCAUGUCUAAUCCCCUCCCCCUUCCUCCCCCACCUCCCUCUCUCAGUGCGGAGCUGCUGGAGUUGGGAGACAGCCUUAUGAAACUGGGGAACAUAACCACUCCUUAUGACCUGAACACACUCACCCAGGAACAGCUCUGCUCGCACCACACAUACAACCACAGCCCUCUCACUGCUCCCUACACCAUUGAACCUGCUUAUAGCGAUUGCAGCCAGAGACAAGAGCAGAACGCACUGACGGCUCCGUAUGUGCUCGACCAUAUCACCAUCACGGAUCCUCGCUAUGACGGCAAAGAGCAGAGUUACUGCCACUCAAGUGCUUACUUGGCGGACACUGAACACACUGCCUCCUGCGCACUAGAUUGCACCCAAAACCCCACACAAAACCCCACCCCUCCCUGUACAUAUUACCGGGAACAUGCAGCCACGUAUGACAGCACCCUGAGGCCAGACAGCUCUUACAACCCCUGCCCUGAACACAGUAGCUCCUACGCUCGGGAGCGACCUGCCUACGUUCUUGAACGCCCGCCCAAAACAGACCCCAAGGCCCCUGCCCAGUUGUGCCUCCCAUCUCCAGAGCUUGAACCGGAGCUGCUGCUAUCACCGGUGAUCCCCCCAGGGGGCCCUUUUACACCCAGCGACCCUCAGAGUCUGGAGGCCUUGGACCCCACAGCCAGUGCCCAGCUGCUGGACAACAUCAUGGCCUGGUUCAACAACAACAUCAACCCACAGAACAACCCCCAGAGCCUGGCCCUCAUCCCAUCCCCGCCCACCACGGAAACCGAGUCCUCACCUGACACGCACACUGAGACUGAGAGCCAGGCCUCCAGGGGCGUGACCCCCUCCCUACUCUGGCAGCCCCUGGAGGGUGAGCCAGAGUCGGACAGAGGGUCGGCGAGUCCCCAUUUAGGUGCUGCUGGUGCGGAGGGCCCGAAGACAUUGAGGCCCAGCACUCUGGAGCUGGAAAAAAGAGAGGCUGGCAAAGAGGGUGGGGAUGGAGGGUGUGUGGCGGACCUGUCGCUGGACGAAGCGCACACACACCCAUGCUCAGACUCCCAACGUGGAGACAGUCCUGCACACACUGCCCCGGCUACAGAGACAGACUUAGACCUCGUUCUUCAGCUGGAGGCGGACCAAUCACCUGAGGAGUGGGAGGAGCAAGUUCACCUGGUGUGAUGGAGGAGAAAAAGAAAGUUGAGCCAAGUACAGGUGGAGAGAGCAACGAGUGGGCGGGAGAUGAAAGAAAAAGAAAGACCAGGAAACUAGAGCGAAGCAGUAUAGGAAAAAUAUAUUUAACAGUCAGCGAUGCCUCGGUGAAAGAAGUAGGUCUUAGGGGCUCGAGUGUUUACUGUAUGUAUUAUACUGUAUUUAGAGGACAUGAAGCCCUGCAGACUUUUUCCAGUAAAGAUGAUGUCAUACGCAGUUUGAUUUUUAUUAUUUAAUAUUUUUAAGUGCUUUUUGUCUGUUUUAAAAACAGACAAACUUAUUCUCUGAGUGUUUAAAACAGAGAACAUCAAUCGAAAGCUACUGAUAUCACCACAACACAAAAUGCUGCACAUGUUUGUUUGUUUUUUUCUUAUUUUAUUUAUUGCUCUGCCUCCUGUGUUUCUGUAUUUGCCCACUCGGUUUGUUCAGGGUGAAGUUUUGGUGCUGCUGAAAUCCAAACUUGCCUUGUUGUGCGCCCACUCUUCAUUUACACACUGACCCAACCACGAGCUUGUUCGGAGCCCCGAGAGCCAAAUGCGAUGGUGUUAACUGUAAUCUUGGAGCUUGUUAGCGUACUGUACAAUCAGAGGGCCUAAUUCAGAUUUUUGGACCUUCAUGCACACUGUGCCUGCUUUUAAAGAGAGCUAACGCACUACUGAUUUUCCUUUUCGGUAGGCUGCACUAGAACCACAACACCUGUCUGCUCGGUGAACGUCGCACCAGAGCAACGGGCUAAUCUAGACGACGUGACUGUCACAGAAGAUGGAAUUGUCUUGUCCCUCUGCACAGCAAGGUCAAGAGGUCAGUCUCAGCAGCUACAGAGCAGCGUUGGGAAUUUAGUGUCUUGCUCAAAUGCCCCUCGGCAUCAUGGGUGCUUGUUUUCAGGGGGUGAUCCCUUUUUUAUUUUUUCCUGCUCGCUGCAACAUCCUGCGACUCAUUCCACAAACGUCCGUCUUUGUCCGAGCUGAGCUUUCAUCCACACGUUUGUAGAUGUUGCAGUGUUUUAGUUGCUUUGGCUCCGUUGAAACAAUUGUUUCAAUUAGCAAAAACACUUGAGAUGAAAUGAUUAAUGUAUACACAAUGAAAACAUCGCAAUCAAAAAAAGUUAGUUAGGUUCGUCAAGAUCAUCACAAUUGUUGAUCACUGAAUUUUAAUCUGUUGCAUUUUCAAAUAAAAUUUCAAAUAGAAUCGUCGAACUGUAACAACCGUCAACAAUAUGCUAACUUUGCUAAACAUCAAAACAUUUCUGUUUAAUUGUUGAUAUAGAAACAAAGUCUGGAGCCAGACUAUACAUAACAGUUACUUUUUUUAUCUGUACAAAUCAAAAUCUGGAAAUUUGCAAUUGCACUUCUCUGCAUUAGUUCACUAUUUCACCAAAAACGUUUCGAUCACUUGUACGUUGGAUCAUCUAAAAUACAGUAAGCUACUUUUAUUCCUGGAAAGCAUCACAUUAAACCACAAUGUGUUCAAGGUAAAAUGUAUAAAGUCAGUUUGUCUGUUUUUUUUAUCAAUAAUUUUGCACAUGUGACUGAGCUGAAGCAGUUGAAAUACUGCAAAUGAAAAUACUUUGUUUUUCUAACUGCAGACUUGCUGUUUUUAUCAUAUCUUUUCCACUACUGAUGGAUAGUACAGUGUGCUCUUGUUAGACGGGAGACGAGUUGGGUUUUUACUGUAAUUUAUCCAUUCUUAUUAUAUUUUUAUUCCUUUUAUUAUAGAGAUGAAAUCUCUUCCAGUUGAGACCAGAGUUGUUGGGUCUGUGUGCCUUUUUUGUUUUGAUUCGUGUUUGUUUUAUUUGUUGGUAUUUAUUAGUGUCAUUACUUUUCAAUUAUGCUGAACAGAUUGCUAAUGAGAGUUAGUGGAGAACACACCACUCGGCUGUUGCCACAAUACACUAAGGUUCUUGAUGCACAUUAGAAUUGUUUGUCCUUUACAGCCCUGGUUUGUCUGGCUAGGAGGAUGGAGUAUUUGGCCCAUAUUGAAGAAAUGGAAUUCUGAGAUAUCAAGACUAGAGUCUUAAUAUUUCAAGAAUAAAGUAAUGUUAUGAGGUUAAGUUGUAAUUGAGAAGAAAGUCAUAGUAUUACAAGAAUUAAAAACAUUACCUCCUCCAAGUCCUUUGAGUUCCUUCUUCGGCAGAGACGGUUUCUUGCACAAUUCUUUCAAAGUGCUGGUACUUAUGAUAUUUUGUUGCUGAUGUGCCAAAAGAUUAAGUAUUUUGUUAUUUUUGUGACCUAAACUAUAUAUAACUUAACAAGAUGCUCCACAUUCCUCAUUUUAACGCAGGCGGCAGGAUGGUCUUCCCCCUCUAAAAUUACAUUAGAUUUAAAAAUCUAAACAAAAUUUAGUUUUUCUUCAAUAUGGUCCUGAUACUCCUUUGUAGACUUGACCUCAUCCCCAGAUAAUACAGAUUAAUGUUUUGACCAUUUUGUUCAAUCAGAAACAGCUUUGAUGCUGUUUUUAAUUUAAUUCAUUUUUCAGUUAUUCACACAUUUGAGUUUCCACAAUGAUUAACAACCACUUUUAUCUGAAGGUUGCUCAAGUGUAGUUGCCCUCUUGAUUUCUUUGUCUUUCUUUUUUUAUGUGAUAUAGCUCUCGGGUCUCCUGGGUUUUUCAUAAGGCCUUUAUCUGAAAACACUAUUGCCCAACUUUGAUGUUUACAGGAGAAUGAAACACCGCCUGUUCUGAUGAGAUAUGAUUUAGAGCUUUGGGGACUGUAAUGGUAACAAUGGAAUGUUUAUGUCAUAAUCUGGAGAUAAUAUCAAAGAAAAGUACAGAAAUCCUGUCUGAGAGCAAAUUCUGAUGUUGUUAAAAAUUCCUCCCUCUACUUUACUAAAGCGGCCAGUAAAAAAAAGAAAGAAGAGCGAACGGGACAUGAAAUCAAGAAAGCAUCACUUAUAAUUAUAAUCAUGCUUGUAUAAAGUGAAAUACUCAGCAGAAAUGAACUUUAAGAGGAUUUGACGAAGCCCUAAAAUAACACCGCUAACCCUCUCGUGGUGAACAUUAAACUGUGAAGGUGCUGCACAGGUUGUAGGUUCUGAUGAAGUUGUUUGAUGAAGCCUCCUGAGACGUGAGGGCAGCUGGUGUCGCCCCCCGACGUUUCAAACUUUGUUCACUGCUUGAUCAACGAGGACUGCUUUUGGGUUGCAUGGUGCAACAGUGGAACGUCUGGGGUUUUUGAUUUGCACAAGCAUGCUGUUAAUGCAUUGCACUAAUCUAGUGCUGUCAGGCGAGACAUGGAGAACUGAUGAGUGGAGCUUUUAUUAUAUAAUUAUUAUUAUUUUUGUUUGUUGUUUUCCAGACUGGGAAUUGGAUUUAUGGCAUCAGGUGAACAGGCCCUGUGUCAUUUUGUACCCCACAUGAAAUGUUUAUAUUUUAACGAUCCCUCAAACAAAGACCUCAGAAUUCAAAGCAAAUUUUAAAAGAAAAUGAAAUUGCACUCUCACAGAACUACUUGAUACAUUCCCAGUCGGUCCAUGAGAGAGAGGUUUGAUGUGUGGCCCAAACUGUAAAUGAAAGUGUCAGUGCAAAGUUUAUUCUCAAUAAAAAAGAGCUGAAAGUGUCA